AUGACUGCUUCGCCCUACGUGACCUGCGCAGUGCUUUUGCAUUGCACUCAAGCGGCACAUCGACAACACCAGCGCCAUCACUCCAAUUCUAAACGAUCGAACAAUCUUUGCCUGCUGCUGCUCCCGUGCCCCAGUGUGCUUUACGAUAGUCUGUGCGAAUGCAUUUUUGUUGUGAAACUUUUACUGCUUUGCGGGGAUAUAGAAGAAAAUCCCGGUCCGCUAAACGCUGACUCUAGCAAAUCGCACAAAGAAUUGCUUGACGCCAUAGGAGCCCUUUCAACGAAAAUCGACAAUCGCCACUCAGAGGUGAUGCAUGCAUUUGCUGAGCUAAAAGAAAACCAAGAGGAACUUUCACAUACAGUCGCAGAUCUUGCAUGCAGAUUGGCAAAUCUUGAAUCUACUGUCGAAUGUCUUGAAACAGCGCUACCCACAGCAGAUAUCAGUAGUUCUGUUGCCCAGGCCGUUAAGUCUGAAAGUAUUGCGUUGGCCUCGCGUCUUGAUGAUCUAGAGGAUAGGUCACGGCGACAUAAUUUACUGUUUUUUGGCAUCCCGGACAGCGUUUCCGAGACUUGGACACAAUCGGAAGAGCAUAUCUGUGAGCUUCUCUCACGCCAUUUAAAUUUGCGUAUUACAGAUGGCAUGGUGGAGAGAGCACAUAGGUUGGGUGCUUAUGUUGCAAAUAAGACACGCCCAAUCAUCGUGAAGUUUUCUUCCUUCAAAACCAAAGAAAGUAUUCUCUCACAGAAAUCUAAAUUGAAAAGUACAGGUGUUUCCAUUAGCGAAGAUUUCUGCAGGGCAACGCGAUUGACACGAAAAAAACUUCUCGAAUUCGGCAAGUCUAGCGGCCAGCCUUUUUCACUUCGUUUUAAUAAACUAGUCAUUAACAAUAAAGCCUACAUAUACAGCGCAGUCACUGACACUGUUUGUGAACUGGUAUCCCCUGGAGAGGCGCGUGCAACUUCCACUCGCAAAGCACCUGCUAACCCAGCGCAUGACAGAUCGGCGUAGCUAUCUCCCCUAUCUGCAGAUGGUGCUUCAAUCUUUUUCACCAAUGCACGCAGUAUUCUUAAUAAACGAACAACUUUAUCAUCUCGCAUUGACGCAUGCUCAGCUGACAUAGUUGUCCUUUCAGAAACGUGGCUUUCGGCAAAAAUAAGAAACGCUGAGAUUUUCGAAUGUGAAAAAAGCUACAAUAUCUACCGGUACGACCGUGAUGUUCGUGCUGGCGGGGGUGUUUUAAUUGCUGUGAAUGACCAACUUUCUUCAUCUAAUGUUCCAGUAGUGUCUGCUUUAGAACUUGUGUGCGUACGUGUUGUUAUUGAUAAUCGUGACUGCAUUUUUUGCGCUUGCUAUAGACCCCCAACAGCACCAAAAUCUUUCUGCGAUGAUUUACAUGAUGUUCUCAACAAUCUAACUGUUAGGUACCCUACGUCACCUUUGUUUAUUAUGGGGGACUUCAAUUUUCCUAAUAUUCUGUGGAGAAGUGAUUUCGGGUUCCAUACCCUGGCAAAAAGCUCAUCCGAGGAUGCACAAUUUCUGAAUAUCUGUUCAGACUUUAACCUGUCACAGUUAGUACAUGAACCCACCCGUAAAACUUCUACGUCAUCUAACAUCCUGGACCUUAUUUUCACUACUGUGCCUGACCUUGUUUGUAAACUAACUUACCUCCAAGGUGUAAGUGAUCACUCCAUUAUUAAUUUCACGUUGAAAAUGCAUGUAUCUACCAAGAGACGAUCUAAAAUUAUUGUUGACUAUAACCGCGCUGACAUACCCUCAAUGACCAGUGAACUGGAAACGUUUACCAGCAACUACCUUAUCAAAUUCGAUGAACGAUCUGUCGAAGAAAACUGGAAGCUCUACAAAAAUAAAUUGCUCGACUUAAUUAACCGAUAUGUACCUCGAAGGAAGAUUCCUUAUGACUCACGCUCACCUUGGUUCAAUAAUCACCUUAAGCGACUUCGCAACAAAAAGAAACGUAUCUUCCGUCGUGCCAGAGAAACCAAUCUUGCCGAUCGCUGGGAUGCUUACCAUCGUGCAGAAGCUGAGUACGUUUAUGCGGCUAGCAAUGCCAAAAAAACCUAUUUUAAUGUCACAUUGCCAUCCCUCUUACUAACUAACCCGCGUAAAUUCUGGAGUAUUGUUGGCGACAAGAAAGCUGACUCCAUUCAUUUAGUUCAUGUAGAUGGCAGUGAUGUUGACGAAAA